AUGGAUGAAUAUCACAUCAAACAUACGUCUUGGUACCAGGCCUCCGUUGAGGCCUUCAGCGCCAAAGUAGCCAAGAAAGACCUGGCCGCUGCACAGGAUCCGAACACCACCUCGAACCCGGACAUGAUCGUGGCAGCUCGACUUCGGCCAAUUUUGGAGGAUGAAGUGUACGCAGGCCUUAUCCGUGGCGUCUUCCCGAGGCCCAACAACAACGGCGCCGUAGACAUCCACCAAAUCCGAAAGCACAUCAAGCCCCUGGGACCUCCCACGCUUACGACAACUUCAGUACAGCUCGAUAAAGCCUAUGGCCCAGAUGAUACAUCUGAGCAAAUUUACCGAGAUCUGGUCGAGCCUUUGGUUCCUUGGGCAUGGAGCGGUGGCGUCAGCACCGUGUUCGCUUAUGGCCAGACUGGCUCUGGCAAAACCUUCACAGUCAGCGAGAUUGAGCAGCUGGUCGCAAAGUCUCUCAUGAGCGGCGGUUUGGAGGGAGAGCGGAAAGUGUAUGCGUGCAUCAUUGAGCUGGCUGGCAACUCUUCUUUUGACCUCCUGAACUCUCGGAAACCAAUCUCCGUUUUGGAAGAUUCUUUCGGUGUCACACAGCUUGCCGGUGCCCUGGAACACGAAAUCACCGAAGCAGCCGCCCUGCUUGAGCUCAUAGAAAAGGCAGCAACCUUCCGCCGCACGGCGUCAACGUUCAAGAAUGACGCAUCAUCUCGCUCUCACGCCAUUUGUCGCAUCCGUAUCGAAAGUCCCAUACCGACAGCCGAAGACGGACUCCUCUACCUUAUCGACCUGGCAGGCUCAGAAGCCGCCCGGGACAUUGCCAAUCACACACCCGACCGCAUGAAAGAGGCCCGGGAGAUCAACACCAGCCUCUCGGUGCUAAAGGACUGUAUCAGGGGCAGAGCAACCGUCGAUGUGGCUUCUCUGAUGGGCAAGACAAAGAGCCCGACGUAUAUACCAUUCCGGCAGAGUUCCCUCACCAAGAUUCUGAAGCACGUUUUUGAUCCCGUGGGGAGACGUAGCUGCAAGACUGUCGUGCUUGCCUGUGUCAAUCCCAGUCUUCCAGAUGCUGGCGCUGGCAAAAACACCUUGAAAUAUGCCGAGAUGUUGCGGGUGUUGCUACCCAAGGCCAAGGCUCAGUCCUAUGACCCCGAGACGCCUGCGACUUGGGACAAUGAACGGUUAAAGACCUGGAUCGAUGCCAACUCUGGAAACCCUGCCAUUUCUGGCGAGCUCGUCGCGCCCACCGAGACUGGUUCGCUGCUCCUCCGCCUCCCCGCGCCCGAAUUCCUCGCCCGCUGUUUGAAGAGUCCAGGAGUCGAUGAAGAUCAAGCUCGCGCCUUUCACGCCAAAUUCUGGCGUUUGCAUAUCGAUUCGCAAAAGUCGGGCGGGAAGAAGACGGAAAGCAAGAGCGAAGCGGAGCCUGCCAAGGGGAAGGGCCGUAAGACAGCCAUGAACCAGGAAAUGCUGUCCUCUAGCGUAGACCCGGAUGCCAAGGCAAAUGACGUCCCUUUCAAAGAGCGCAUACGACCUGGAAUGGUAGUGCGCUGGAGUCCACCUUCGACGUUUCCCAUGGGCCUUCCUGGGCUGAACAUGCUUGUCAUUCUAUGUCCUCAAUUGGCUGUCGGACCAACUGUGAGGGAUCUGACUGGUGACUUGGUCAACAGGUCAGGCUUUACUUCGACGAGGGGAACCAAGUAUCUCUGCGCAAUGGUCCUCCCUGGCUUCAUGGCCGAAUCAUAUGAGCUGAGCAUGUGGCGUCAGGUAGUGGUAGAUGUGGAACAGAUGGAAGCAGAGGUUCUUCUAGAGUAUGAUUCGGGAACCAGAUAUUAUCACAUUACCUUGUGA